AUGAAGCUUUCACUCGGGAUCAUCGCCCUCUGGUUCGCCAUUGCCCAUGGCCAAAAUGCGGCCGAAUGCACUCGAGAACUCGCAAGAACCGACGAUUGUGCUGCUGUAAUCGAUGCCAACGCAUGUUAUAACCAAAACCGAUUCAAUAACGCGCAGACGCUGCAGUGUAUUGAUGGGAAAGACAAUGCGGAUAGGGCUAAGAAGGCAUAA